AUGUCUAAGGUACUGCUCCAUGGAACUCUUCAUGUUACAGUCUAUGAGGUUGACAAGCUCCGUGAAGGUGGUGGCCCUAAUGUAUUCGGGAAGCUUAUGGCAAACAUACAGGAGACUGUUGGAUUUGGAGAAGGAACUCCCAAAAUUUAUGCAACAAUCGAUCUAGAAAAAAGCAGAGUUGGACGAACUAGGAUGAUAGAGAACGAACCCCAAAACCCAAGGUGGUACGAAUCUUUCCACAUUUAUUGUGCUCACCAUGCUUCUAAUAUCAUAUUCACUGUUAAGGACGAUAAUCCCAUUGGUGCAACAUUACUUGGAAGAGCUUACAUGCCUGUUAGAGAACUCUUAGAUGGGGAUGAGGUAGACAAAUGGAUUGAGAUCAUGGAUGAAGACAACAACCCCACGCCAGCUGGUUCUAAGAUCCAUGUGAAGCUACAAUACUUUGAUGUCACUCAAGAUCGUAACUGGGAUCGUGGAAUUAAAACCGGAAAGUAUCCCGGAGUUCCUUACACAUUCUUUGCUCAGAGACAAGGAUGUCGAGUUUCUUUAUACCAAGAUGCUCAUGUGCCUGAUAAUUUCAUCCCUAAGAUAUCACUUGCUGGUGGCAAGUAUUAUGAGCCACAUAGAUGCUGGGAAGAUAUCUUUGAUGCCAUUUCUGAUGCAAAACACUUUAUUUACAUUACUGGAUGGUCUGUAUACACCCAGAUCCCUUUAAUCAGAGACCCAAAUAGGCAGAAGCCUGGAGGAGAUGUCCUACUUGGCCAACUGCUAAAAAAGAAGGCAGAUGAAGGUGUUAGAGUUGCUAUGCUCGUUUGGGAUGACAGAACUUCUGUAAAUGUAUUUAAGGAGGAUGGAUUAAUGGCUACCCAUGAUGAAGAAACUGAAAACUUCUUCAAAGACACUGAUGUUCAUUGUAUUUUAUGCCCACGCGAUCCUGAUGAUGGAGGAAGCAUCAUUCAAGAUCUCAAAGUAUCCACCAUGUUUACUCACCACCAGAAGAUUGUAGUGGUAGAUCAUGAGCUGCCCAGGGGAGGAUCGCAGAAACGAAGGGUCAUGAGUUUUGUUGGUGGUAUUGAUCUAUGUGAUGGCAGAUAUGAUUCUGCCUUCCAUCCUCUUUUUAGUACCCUAGAUUCUGCUCACCAUGAUGAUUUUCAUCAACCUAAUUAUGCUGGAGCUUCCAUAGCUAAAGGUGGUCCAAGGGAGCCUUGGCAUGACAUUCAUUCUCGGGUCGAAGGACCGAUUGCGUGGGAUGUUUUGUUCAAUUUUGAGCAAAGAUGGAGAAAGCAAGGUGGGAAAAACGUAUUGGUUGACUUGAAACAACUUGAUGACAUCCUAAUCCCGCCAUCUCCGGUCACGUUCCCUAAUGAUCAAGAGACAUGGAAUGUGCAGCUGUUCCGAUCCAUCGAUGGUGGUGCAGCCUUUGGCUUCCCAGAUACACCGGAAGAAGCAUCCAAAUCAGGUCUUGUAAGUGGCAAGGAUAAUAUCAUCGAUCGAAGUAUUCAAGAUGCUUACAUUAAUGCUAUUCGGAGAGCAAAACAUUUCAUCUAUAUUGAGAACCAAUAUUUCCUUGGAAGCUCUUUUGCAUGGAAAUCAGAUGAUAUUGAUGUCGAUGAAGUCGGGGCUUUACACCUCAUUCCAAAAGAACUUUCUUUAAAGAUUGUGACCAAGAUUCAAGAAGGGGAAAAGUUUAUUGUUUACAUUGUGGUACCGAUGUGGCCUGAAGGAAUCCCAGAAAGUGGAUCCGUUCAGGCCAUACUGGACUGGCAACGAAGAACAAUGGAGAUGAUGUAUAAAGAUAUUGUAGAUGCCCUCCAAGAUAAGGGACUUGAUGAUGAUCCACGAGAGUAUCUCACUUUCUUUUGUCUUGGAAAUCGUGAGGCGAAGAAGAGCGGAGAAUAUGAACCUACGGAAGCACCUGAACCAGAUUCAGGUUAUCUUCAUGCCCAAGAGAACCGACGCUUUAUGAUCUACGUGCAUUCCAAAAUGAUGAUUGUUGAUGAUGAAUACAUAAUCGUUGGAUCCGCUAACAUCAACCAACGAUCCAUGGAUGGUGCCCGAGAUUCCGAAAUAGCCAUGGGAGCCUAUCAACCAUACCAUCUUGCUACCCAAACACCCGCUAGGGGACAUGUCCAUGGCUUCCGUAUGGCUUUAUGGUACGAACACCUCGGAAUGCUCGAUGACAGCUUUGAACGCCCAGAAAACAAGGAUUGCGUAAACAAGGUGAACGAGAUGGCUGACAAAUACUGGGAUCUAUAUGCCAGUGAAGAUCUCGAUCGUGAUCUCCCUGGUCACUUGCUUCGCUAUCCCGUUGGUGUUACUAGAAAAGGCGAUAUUACAGAACUCCCGGGAACCGAGUGUUUCCCGGAUACAAGUGCACGUAUCCUUGGUGCUAAAUCCGAUUACCUCCCUCCCAUCCUUACUACUUAA